AUGAACAUUUCUGAGAGCCCAGUCUUUGUCUUCGUGCCAGGCGCAUGGCAUACGGCAGAUGCAUUUGAUGUCGUGCGGGAUCUGAUGCACAAGCGCGGACUUGCAACUGAAGCUAUCUCCACUCCGUCUGUUGGCGCACCUUGCCCAGAUAAGGGGCUACACGCCGAUAUUGAACAUACUCAUGCUGUUCUCAAAGCGAUGGUAAAUGCCGGCCGCCAGAUUGUGGUUGUGAACCAUUCCUAUGGCGGGGUGGUUGGGGCCGGGGCUGUCGAGGGCUUGGGGUACGCGCAGCGGUGCAAAGCCGGUCUUCCUGGCGGCGUAAUCAUGGUUGUGUGGAUGGCUGCAUUUGUGACGCCCAAGGGGAAAACGGUCAAGGAUAUGCUGGGCGGAACUUUACUUCCCUGGAUGGUCAUCAGGAGCCCGGAUGAUGGGUACUGUUGGUCCUCCUCCGAAGAGACAAUAUUCUACAAUGACAUGUCUCCAGAAGCGCAGCAAAAGGCGAUUUCCAAAUUGAAGCCACAGACACAGAACUCGUUCCAGGAACCGGCAACGCAUGAACCUUGGCAUGAGAUGCCUAGCAUGUAUCUCUUCUGCGACAAGGAUGCAGCUAUCCCUUUGGCUGGGCAAGAGAUGUUUGCUCAAACUUUAGGUAACCCAGUGACUUACCAUGUCGAUGGGUCUCACUCCGCAUUCUUGAGCAUGCCGGAAAAGGUGGUUGAUGGGUUGGAAAUUGCGUUGAAAGAAGGGCAACAGCAGAGUGGGAUUGCUGUCAACUAA